AUGGGUCGACUCUCCCGACUCUUUCCUGUCCUUGCCAUCCUUGCCGUCGGCCAUCUCAGCGUCUCUGAGGCCUACAGCUGCUACAACGGAACCGAUCAGGCGGUAGAGUGUGCACUGGGAUGCUUUUAUCGAUUCCGACCGGACGGAGCCCUCUACGGCUGUGUCGACGCGUCCCUGCAAAACCUGACGGGAUACUCCUACACCGGCGGGUUCUUCUACUAUGUUUGCCAGGCGGACAUGUGCAACCGAGCGGUCGAGACGUUGAACUGCUCCACUUACAACGAGAGCCUCUCCACCUCCUCCGGCGCGCAGCAGAUGAUCAGGUCGAGCUGCCCUGCAACCUUUCGAUGCGUCGCCACCCUUCACGAUGGGCUGCAGCGAGGAGGGUGCGUGUCGGGCGAUCGGGUGUUUCUCCUCAUGAACGAGGUCCUCCAAGACUAUCAAAUCCAGUCAAGGACCUCGUUCUACCCAGAGCCCAGCGCCGAAGUCGGCGAGAUGCAGGCAUCUGCCUUCAACGGGCUCCCAGCCUACUUCGUUUCCUGCAAUGCCGCGAUGUGCAAUGAUGGGCCUUUCAAGACGGUUCUGUCAAACCUUCUGACCAAGACAACCUCUUGGGUCAGUCAGUCGUCGAAGAAAUGUGGAGGGCUGAAUACUCUGUCUGUCAUCAUCGCGUCCAAGCUUCCGAUCUCAUCGGGCGCCAAGGUUGAGCUCGGCGGUUCGUUGCCGAGCUUCCCCUUUCUGGCGCAUCUGCAUCAAGCUUGGUCGGAGGGAGCCAAGGGGAUGCGGAACUUAGGGGCGGACCUUUCCUUGAUCAGCUUCCAGUUCUCCGUCAUCAACCCCACAGAGAAUCCGAGGGAGUUCCAUGAAACUCCCUUGCUUCUGAUAGAUGGCAAGAGCAUCGCUCUCCAGGAUCCGUUUGGGUUGCUUGCAUUUGAAUGCUUCCCGAUCAAGGAAUUGAGCGAAACUUGUGACUUCGAUGGUACUGAAGGCGGACUCUAUCGUAAAUCGCACGUCAGUUUUGCUGCUAUGAUGAUUCGACUCCAGAUCCAACAAGGGACGCGUUUUACAGUCAGCGGCUUGCAGUACUAUUCCAUGGUGGGCCCAGCGACUACGAAUGCAGACGAAUACCUCGUAAAGAUUGGAGGACAAGAUUCCUCCUUAAUGUUCUCAGCCGGUGAACAAGUCGACCCAGGGCAUGGGAUCUGGAAUGACAAGAGCAAGAGUUUGAUGUUCUACUACUUCAACUACGAGGGUAACGUUGAGAUCCACACCAAACUCCUUCAGUUCGAGUUUUUGGUGGUCCACGUUGAGCCCAGCUCGUACAUGCCGACUGUUUCCCAGAAUGCAAGCAAGCAUUUCCUCCCAGUCAUCAAGUGGCACAGUCGAUGGCGGAUACAUUACGACGGGGACGGAAAGAUUUGCGAGAAGCUUAAUAUCACCAACGUUGCAUGCGAGGACAGCGAGAAGAUGGAAACAGUUUACCUUCCGCUCGCAGAUCGAUUCGCUGUCAAUGGCGCGUUGGUCGAUGUAUGGGUAACCCGAAACCGAAUUUGUUUUGGAUAUGGGUGA